CAGCUUCUCGAGUCGGAUCCUGUGAAUGGUUUGGCCGCAUUUUCAUGUAGGAGCUAGUCCCUACCCCUCCUGCUGCGGUGAAUUCUAUCUGCGGCUGGGCUUUAUUGCCAACCAGCUCCUGUCCUCUCUGUGUCCUGGACUCCGGAUACGUGGACUCUCAGUACUUUGUGCUCAGCCCAGGCCCAGAGCUAUGGCUAGCUCCUCUUCAUCCUGGGAACUGCCCUUAGUGGCUGUGUGCCAGGUAACAUCAACACCGGACAAACAACAGAACUUUAAAACAUGUGCUGAGCUGGUUCGAGAGGCUGCCCGGCUAGGUGCUUGCCUGGCUUUCCUGCCUGAGGCAUUUGACUUCAUUGCACGGGACCCUGCAGAGACCCUGCGCUUGUCUGAGCCACUGGGUGGGAACCUUUUGGAAGAUUAUACCCAGCUUGCCAGGGAAUGUGGACUCUGGCUGUCCUUGGGUGGAUUCCAUGAGCGUGGCCAAGACUGGGAGCAGACUCAGAAAAUCUACAAUUGUCAUGUGCUUCUGAACAGCAAGGGAUCAGUAGUGGCCACUUACAGGAAGACACAUCUGUGUGACGUAGAGAUUCCAGGUCAGGAACCUAUGUGUGAAAGCAACUCUACCAUACCUGGGCCGAAUCUUGAGUCACCUGUUAGCACCCCAGCAGGCAAGAUUGGCCUAGCUAUCUGCUACGAUAUGCGGUUCCCUGAACUCUCCCUAGCAUUGGCUCAAGCUGGAGCAGAAAUACUUACCUACCCUUCAGCUUUUGGACCGAUUACAGGCCCAGCCCACUGGGAGGUGCUGCUGAGGGCCCGUGCCAUUGAAACCCAGUGCUAUGUAGUGGCAGCAGCACAGUGUGGACGCCACCAUGAAAAGAGAGCAAGUUAUGGCCACAGCAUGGUGGUGGACCCUUGGGGAACAGUCAUGGCCCGUUGCUCUGAGAAGCCAGGCCUCUGCCUUGCUCGAAUCGACCUCAACUACCUGCGACAGGUGCGCCAACAUCUGCCUGUGUUUCAGCACCGCAGGCCUGACCUCUAUGGCAAUCUGGGUCACCCACAGUCUUAAGGUUUUUGACUUCUGCGAGAUUUGAGACCCCCCCACUGUGAGGUGCUCCUGUUGUGACUUGUAGGCAGGACCCAAGCACAGAUCCCCUCACUUGGAAAACCUUGACUGUCUUGAUGGAACACAGGCCCAACUUCUCGGGAAAGGAGAAGGCUUUCACCUGAGCUCAGAUUUCAGUUUCAGAAAAGUGAAAUUUUAUAUAGUCACUGUUUAUUUCAUGAAAACUGAAGUUACGUUGAGGGCUGACCAGCACUAGCAUUGAAAGAAAUAUAAUAAUCAAAGUCUGUGUCUGGACAUCUCCUUUGGGAGCUGGACGGGGAGGUGGUAUCGUACCUGCUGGACUAGGCUCCAGUUCUAGGCCUCCUGGCUCAUUCAACAUAACUCCCUACCUAAAAAAGUGCAACACUCAGUGCAUGUCCCGGCCCCAUUCUCCCAGGCCUGGGAGUGGGUGGGUAGGAGAGGGGGAAGGAAAAAGGAGUCAAUACUGAUUACUUCCCCUUCUCCUAUGGUGCCCUUUGCCCAAGCCAGAAGAAAGCAAAGGGGAGAAGGGCUGCAGGGUAUGUUAUUUAUUUUCACUUGAACAUGGAAAGUGUCACUUCCCCUUCCCUAUUUAGGGGGAGUGUAUUUCAAUCAGCAGCCUCUUCCCCAUCCACCCUGUGUAUGUGUACACACAUACAUCACAGUCGGGAGGGGUGAUUAGGCUGACCAAGUUCACUUAUGUUAUAUGUUACUCCCUUGAAGAGGGACUGACAAAAGGGAGAGAGGAAGGAGCCACACCAGGCAGCAGUUUGAAUGGAGAAAAGGCGGCAGAGAGGAGCAGCACCAGAGGCCAGGAGAGAGUGGAAAGGGCCACAGCUUCUGUUUCUUAAAAAUUCUGUAAUUUGGAAGAGGGUAGUGAUUAAUUUCCAAAAUACACUUCAGAAUCCCACCUUCCAUACAGCUCCCUUACUCACAGCCCUUUGGUUUUUCAGACAAAAUGUAAGAGCCAUCAUAAAGCCAAAAGUAUUGAUAACCCCUCAAUGCACCCAAAAGCAGUGUUCACUUCAAUCCCUUACAAAGACUGUGUCCUAUAGACUUUGCAUCUCCCUACAUGUCUGUCUUACGGCUCAGUGGUGAGGUGGCUGCAGACACACACCGGGGUAGGUGGGAAUGAGGACUAGGGUAAGCCCAGGCACAUGCGUGCAGAGAGGGCUGGGGAACACCACUUCCACGCUCCUUUGUCUUUUCCUUUAAAAAAAAAAAAA